CCUGAAGCCCAAAGAGUACCAUCGAGAGUUGUGGAGCAGAGUGGUGUGGCCGUCUCGGUGGGUGUGACGGGAAGUAGAUGAAAGAACUCAGGGGCGAAGCCAAGUGGAGAGUGCCCAAAGAGCCGAGGGGUGAAACCAUCGAGAGGAAGGGCCAGAGAGUCAUGGCGGUAAGGGGGAGGAGUGACCGAUUGCUGCAAACCACGCUGCUGGAGGCGCGAGCUGGGGUCUUGAAAAUGCCUCGGGGCCUGUGAGGUUCAGUGUUUUCCUUUCAAGAUGCCCCUCUCAGACUUUGUUCUGGCCCUGAAGGACAAUCCCUACUUUGGGGCUGGAUUUGGGCUGGUGGGUGUGGGCACUGCCCUGGCCCUGGCCCGGAAGGGCGCCCAACUGGGCUUGGUGGCAUUCCGGCGCCAUUACAUGAUCACACUGGAAGUCCCUGCUCGAGACAGGAGCUACGCCUGGUUGCUUAGCUGGCUCACCCACCACAGUACCCGAACUCAGCACCUCAGCGUUGAGACGACGUACCUUCAGCAUGAGAGUGGCCGCAUCUCCACUAAGUUUGAAUUUGUCCCCAGCCCUGGAAACCACUUUAUCUGGUAUCAGGGGAAAUGGAUCCGGGUGGAACGGAGCCGAGAGAUGCAGAUGAUAGACCUGCAGACGGGGACUCCUUGGGAAUCUGUCACCUUCACGGCUCUGGGCACUGAUCGAAAAGUUUUCUUCAAUAUCCUGGAGGAAGCUCGAGAGCUAGCCCUGCAGCAGGAGGAAGGGAAGACAGUGAUGUACACCGCUGUGGGCUCUGAAUGGCGCCCCUUUGGCUAUCCACGCCGCCGCCGGCCACUGAAUUCUGUAGUUCUCGAACAGGGUCUGACUGAACGAAUUGUCAGAGACAUCCGGGAAUUCAUUGAUAACCCCAAGUGGUACAUUGACAGAGGCAUUCCCUACAGACGUGGCUACCUACUCUAUGGGCCCCCUGGUUGUGGAAAGAGCAGUUUUAUCACAGCCCUGGCUGGGGAACUGCAACACAGCAUCUGCCUGCUGAGUCUCACGGACUCCAGCCUCUCAGAUGACCGGCUCAACCAUCUGCUGAGCGUGGCCCCACAGCAGAGCCUGGUGCUCUUGGAGGACGUGGAUGCUGCCUUUCUCAGUCGAGACCUGGCCGCCGAGAACCCAAUAAAGUACCAGGGUCUAGGCCGGCUCACCUUCAGUGGCCUGCUCAACGCCCUGGACGGUGUGGCUUCCACCGAAGCUCGCAUAGUAUUCAUGACCACCAACCACAUCGACAGGCUCGACCCUGCCCUGAUACGCCCCGGGCGAGUAGACAUGAAGGAGUACGUGGGCCACUGCUCACGCUGGCAGCUGACUCAGAUGUUCCAGAGGUUCUACCCAGGGCAAGCAACUUCCCUGGCUGAGAACUUUGCAGACCGUGUCCUUCAAGCUACAACACAGAUCAGUCCUGCCCAGGUGCAGGGCUACUUCAUGCUGUAUAAAAAUGACCCUGCAGGGGCCAUUCAGAAUGCAGAAUCUCUGAGGAGUUGACAACUGGGCUGUGCCCAGCUUUCUUCUCCUCCAGAAGAUCAAUAAACACCUGCCAAGCUA